AUGGCGCGCUCUUUUGACUUUUCGACCACAGGGACAUCCGUGGCAGAGAUGUUCGCUCCAGCGAUCAAGGGCAAGACCAUCCUCAUCACAGGGGUGAACAAGGGCGGGCUCGGGGGCAAGAUGGUCGAGAUCCUCAGCGCGCACGCGCCCAAGACGCUCAUCCUCGCGAGCCGCACGCCGGCCAAGAUCCAGGAGAUCGUCGACGAGGCGCGCUCCAAGUCGCCGGACACGACGUACAUUGCCGUUCCGCUGGACCUCUCGUCGCAGGAGUCGUGCCGCAGCGCUGCCCAUGCCAUCAUCUCAAACGCCCAGGUCGAGAAGAUUGACAUCGUCUUCAACAACGCCGCGGUCAUGAGUAUUCCGACUCGAACACUCAGCCCGGAAGGGAUCGAGUUGCAAUUCGCCACCAACCACAUCGGCCACUUCCUGUUGACGAACCUGCUCAUGCCCAAGAUCCUCGCGGCAGCAAAGUCCAGCCCCAGGGGUAGCACGCGCAUCGUCAACGUCUCGUCCCGCGGCGUCGCCUACAGCGGUGUUCGAUUCUCGGACAUCAACUUUGACAAGGAGAUCGGGAGCCUGCCCAAGGCCGAGCAACCGGACUUUGCGGCCCUGGCAGCGACCGGCCGACCGGUCGAGCUCAAUGAGACGUACAACCCCGUCGUGGCCUACGGGCAAUCCAAGUCGGCCAACGUGCUGUUCGCGCUCGGGCUCACCGCGCGCCUGUACGAAGAGUACGGCGUGCUGAGUUUCGCCCUGCACCCCGGCGCGAUCAUGACGGAGCUCAGCCGCGAGUACCCGCCCGAGGCCCUCGCGGCCAUUGUCGAAAAAUUCAAGUCCGAAUUCAAGACCGUCGAUCAGGGCUGCGCCACGUCCUUGGUCGCAGGGCUGGACGAUACCCUCGCGCCAGCCAACGUCAAGGACGGCAGCGGCAUCUACUUGAGCGACGGACAGAUCGCGCAGGCUCCGGCGUGGGCGCAGAAUCCGAAACUGGCGGAGCAGCUGUGGGAGCUGAGCGAGAAGCUGGUCGGACAGAGGUUUGAGUACUGA